CGUGACGAGAGAGUGGCUCGGCGACUAAAGAAAAUUUGUUGCGUCGCCGACAAAAAAUCCACUUUUAAUUGUGAAAUACCUAAACAUCAAGCAAUAUGGGAGAAAUAAGUGAUUUAGACAGACAAAUUGAGAGUUUGCGAAGAUGUGAAGUUAUAAAAGAAAGUGAAGUAAAGUCUUUAUGUGCAAAAGCCAGAGAAAUAUUGGUGGAAGAAAGUAAUGUACAACGAGUUGAUUCUCCAGUCACAGUGUGUGGUGAUAUACAUGGUCAGUUUUAUGAUUUAAAAGAAUUAUUUAAAGUGGGAGGCGAUGUACCAGAUACUAAUUAUCUUUUUAUGGGUGACUUUGUUGAUCGAGGUUUUUAUAGUGUAGAAACAUUUCUUCUUUUAUUAGCUUUAAAGGUCCGUUAUCCAGACAGAAUAACAUUAAUACGUGGCAAUCAUGAAAGUCGACAAAUUACUCAGGUUUAUGGUUUUUAUGAUGAAUGUUUACGAAAAUAUGGUUCUAUAACUGUGUGGCGUUAUUGUACAGAAAUAUUUGAUUACCUCAGUUUAUCAGCAAUAAUAGAUGGCAAGAUAUUUUGUGUUCAUGGAGGCCUUUCACCUUCAAUACAAACAUUAGAUCAAAUACGAGCAAUAGAUCGUAAACAGGAAGUACCACAUGAUGGUCCCAUGUGUGAUUUACUCUGGUCAGAUCCUGAAGAUAUGCAAGGAUGGGGUGUUAGUCCUCGAGGUGCAGGUUAUUUAUUUGGUAGUGAUGUAGUCUCUCAGUUUAAUGCUUCAAAUGAUAUAGAUCUCAUAUGUCGAGCACAUCAACUUGUAAUGGAAGGAUAUAAAUGGCAUUUUAAUGACACAGUUUUAACUGUUUGGUCUGCUCCUAAUUAUUGUUAUAGAUGUGGUAAUGUAGCAGCUAUAUUAGAAUUAGAUGAACAUUUACAAAGAGAUUUUACUAUCUUUGAAGCAGCCCCACAGGAGGCAAGAGGAAUACCGUCAAAGAAACCGCAACCCGAUUAUUUCUUGUAGUGAAUUUCACAUCAUUUAUCAUCAUUCAUCCCCAUCUUCCAUUGUAAUAUAUCACAUCCAUAUUCUAAUAUAUUGAUGUUGCCAGUGACAAACAUUAUAAAGAUGCUCACACCAUUUAUCAUUUGACAGUCCAUUAAGAGUGAAGUGUUAAAGACAAUAUUAUAUUUUACAUACUACUACAGAAAUUUCCAUACUGCCUGAUUUGAUGAGAAUUUAGAACAACUGAUUAUGUGUGGCAAUGAAUAAUAGCAAUGUUAUGGUGAAAUAUAUUGUUAUUGUUUAAUGAAGAGUUUGCCAAAAAUUGUAUUUUUAAAGUGAAGAAAUAUAUUGGAUUUUCCAGUAUGGUGUAAAAUUUGUUUUGGAAGUGACUAAAGUAGAUUUUGUUCCACAUGUUUGACUAGCAUUGGAUUAUAUUAAUAUUCUUAUUGCCUCAUCCUUCAAUAUUAGACCAAUUCAUUAAAUAUUUAAUACUUUGUCAAUAAUUCAUUUUAUAGAUAAUCAGUUGAAUAUAUGCUAGUUUAUAAUAUAAACCAAGAAUGAUAUUCAAAGUGUAUAGGGCUAUUCAAACAUAAGAAUUAUAAUGGAAAAUAGAUAAUGUCUUCCCUGAAAUAUUUAAAAAUAUAAUUUGAUGCACAAUAUAUUAUAAAACAUUUAAACUUGACAAAGUGCAUAUUGUAUGUAUUGGAAACCAAAUGAAUCAUUUUAUAAUAAAAUUAUAUUUCUAAUUUUAAAACUGUCUGUCUCAGUCCUACUUAUUCACUGAUAGUGGUAUUUCAUAUUAAUUACAAAUUUGUAUUUAUUUAUGAGUGAGGUUGAUAGUCACAAAUUUGUCAUUAUUAUUGAAAGAAAAACAGUAUUAAAAUAAUUGUGUGUUACACAGGUUAUCUGAGGAUGAUACUUUUAACAUUUAAUCAAUAAUUAAAAUAGUUUUUGUAAUGCUGUUCUACAAAAUCCUACUGAAUAGGUCGCUUCUUUGUGUACAAGAUAAAUGAAUGAAAUAUUGUAUGUAAGGUUAUUUUUUCAUCCAUCCAUAUUUGCAUGCUAUAUUGUAAUUAUAUUUACAUAUAUUCAUGAACAUACAUGUAAAAUAUGAAAGUGCUUAAUUUGAUUGUUGUAAUACAUAAUUCAGAUAUUUUUGGGUGCUGUAAGUUGCCUACAUUUUGUCUCCAUUAAAAUGUAAUUUUUAUUUCAUAUACAUUUGUAUAUUUUUAUAUAAAUAUACAUUAUUUGGACCAUGGGUAGUACAUGUAUAGAGAUUCAUUUCAAAUUUUACUUUCCAAUGAACUAUUCAUAUUAACAUUUUCUGGGGGGGGGUUUAUACGUCCAUCAUCCACAAUUUCUUGUGAAUACUCUACAGACUACAUUUAUCAUCUGAUUGUUUUAAAAUUGAUAUAUGUUGUUUACAUUAGUGAGGUGAAGAAGCCUGUUUAAUAUUAACAGUUCUUGAGUUAUGGCCCUUGUUUCACUUUGUUGCAACUUGUGAAUGCUUUAACGACAAAAGUUAUCAUCCAAUUCGUAUGAAAUUUAUAUGCAUCAUUUAAAUUACUAAAAUGAAGAAGCAUAUUGAAUUUCAGCAAUUUCCGUUUGUUACGUCUAGAGUAAGGCCCUUGUUUCACUUUGUUGAACCUUGUGAAUGCUCUAAUGACAAUUUAUAAGCACUAUUUAAAUAGUGAAACAAAGAAGGCUAUAGAAUUUCAGCAGUUUCCGUUAAUUAAGUUAUGGCCCUUUUUUCACUUUCUUUGGACCAUGUGUUCAGCAAUUUCCGUCAAUUACUUCAAGAGUUAUGGCCCUUGUUAUAAUUUGUUGAACCUUGCGAAUGUUCGAACGACAUAUUACGCAUUAUUUAAAUUAGUAAAAUGAAAAAGCCCGUCGAAUUUCAACAAUUUCUUUAUAUUACUUUGAGAGUUAUGACCCUUAUAACCUUGUGAACCCUCAAACGACGAAAAUUAUAAAGUCAUCUGUAUGAAGUUCUCUUGUAAGAAAAUGCCCCCAAUUACAUACAAAAGAAUAUAUAUGUGACUACCCGUGUUGACUGCUCAGACGAUUUAGCUGCUGUGGGCAUAUGUUUCGUUGCCUGGCAGCUUAUCUUUUAUCCUGCAGUAUUCCUAGCACAUCAUCCAUUAUUCACAAGUCACAUACACUUAAACCACCAAAGUUUCUAUAAUAAAACCGUUAGUUUUCACUUUUCACUCUGUAAAGUAAUCCUGGUUGAGACCAAAUUACCCCCUUUUAAAACAAUGAAUUCUAUAAUUGGGGUUUCUGUUCGCUUUAACAUAAAGGUUAACUUUAAGAUCCCUGGUAAACAAGUGAAAUUUGUCAAAUCAAAAAAAUGGUCUCACAACUAUAAGGCUUACAGGACUGCAAAUUUCUCUUUGUUAUUUUUUAAAAUAUUUAAUUUUUUUACACAAUGAAAUCUUGCAUUAAGCAAUAAUUUGUCUGAUUCUAUGGUGACCUUAUAUUAUGGUACUUUAUGCUUCUGUCCAUCAUUGUAUUGUUUAUGUGAAUUAUACAUAAAAAUGAGUUGAAAAUACAACUUGUAUUUGUUUUAAAUGAUUGUGUUUGGAAAUUUUCAAAAUUAUUAGAGAAGAAAUGAGAUCUUACCUAUCGAUUUAUGUAAAAUAUAUUGAGAGAUUAUGUUACCUUUAUUAUUAUUUGUAAAUAUGAGUAUAUCUCUCUUGUCAUAGUCAGUUCUGAUAAUAAAUCAUUUGUUUUUUUUAAA